GCUCGAAUGAAAUGUCCGUCUCCCUCCCCGGGCCCCGGCGCUGCCGCCGCGCCGCCGCCGCGGGGAUCAGGAAGUGGGGGGCGGCGGCAGCCCUCGGGCCCCGCUACCGGUCGCUCGCCUCUUUGUGCGACCGGAGGCGCGGGGGCCCCGCGGCCGGGGGAGAGAAGCGGGCGGGAAAGGAAGAAGGGAGGCGGCGGCGGGGGGUCUUGGCAAGGGCGGUGGGGCGGCUGCCCCCGCCGGCGUCCCCCCUUCUCUCCUCACGGCCGGGCGCGAAGAGGUGCCCCCCCACCCCGUUCCGGCUCCAUUUUGUGGCCUGGGCGGGGGUAGGAGGCGGAGACGGGAGUACGGUUGCCCUGCGGCCGGCCCGGCCGCCCGGCUCCCCCUCACCGCCCGCUGCGGUGGCGGCGAGGCGCCCGGCCCCCAGCCGGGCCGGCCUGUGGGUCGCCGCGACCCCUCGGCGGCGAUCUCCCUCCCGGCCCGCCGGCCGCGCUCGGUCUGCGCGAGGGCCCUUCUUCCCGGCGGCGGCAUGACGGGCGGCGGCGGCGGGGUUGGAGGGGGGGGGGGUGUGGGGGGGGCGGCUUUGUGGCGGCCGCCGCGCCUCGCCGUGCGCCGGCGGAGGGGGCUCCGCUCUCUUUUGUUUUUGGCCGGCCGGCGCCGCAGCCCGCCGAGCCCCCUCCCCUCGCCGCGGGAGCGAGGGGCCCGGGCCCCCCCCCCUCACCACGCCCACGGUCCCCCGCCGAGCCGGGCAGCGGGGCGGGGAGCGGCCGGGCUUCCCGGCCCCUGCCGCCCUUGUUGUCGAGACCGAAAUUUCCUGGAAGGUCUGGCGGGGCUUCGCAGGGGUUGCGGGGAGCGUAGGGCGAGGCCCCGAGGUCCGGUGAGAGCGGCCGGAUAGGGGCAGGAAUAACGGGCAGGGGGGCUCCGGCACUGAGCCGCCGGCGUGCAGCCUCUCCCCGCGGGUGUGGGGAGGCUGCUGCGUUCUGCACGGACAUCACAGCCGAAGGGAUGAACAAUAAAGUUGCUAAAUAACGGGGGAGGCGUUGUCCGAUUGGAAAACCGAGGGGUCGCGAUAGGCGAGGUGUCUCAUCAAAUAGGUGCGAGCUAGGCGGGAGGAAGACUUUGAGGCUAUUUGUGCGAGCAGGAAGGUUUCCUCGCCGUGCCCCUGCGCUAGCUGAUGUUGCAUCAGUGAAGGGCAUGAAAUCAGGAAGUGAGAUCGAUCGGCUGUCACAGCCGAGCGGCAUCGACAGCUUGUCCCGUAACACACAUGGCAGAUGGAUGGUGAUAGCUCCACAACGGAUGCUUCUCAGUUAGGAAUUGCUGGAGAUUACAUUGGUGGCAGUCACUAUGUGAUACAGCCUCACGAUGACACAGAGGACAGCAUGAAUGAUCACGAAGAUACAAAUGGCUCAAAAGAGAGUUUUAGAGAACAAGAUAUAUAUCUUCCAAUUGCAAAUGUGGCAAGGAUAAUGAAAAAUGCCAUACCCCAAACAGGAAAGAUUGCUAAGGACGCAAAAGAAUGCGUGCAAGAGUGUGUAAGUGAAUUCAUCAGCUUUAUAACGUCAGAAGCAAGUGAAAGGUGUCACCAAGAGAAAAGAAAGACCAUCAAUGGAGAGGAUAUUCUCUUUGCCAUGUCUACCUUGGGGUUUGAUAGCUAUGUUGAACCUUUGAAGUUAUACCUCCAAAAAUUCAGAGAGGCAAUGAAAGGAGAAAAGGGAAUUGGGGGAACAGUUACAACUGGAGACGGUCUAAGUGAGGAGCUAACAGAAGAAGCAUUUACUAACCAGUUGCCAGCAGGCUUAAUAACUACAGAUGGCCAACAGCAGAAUGUUAUGGUCUACACAACAUCAUAUCAACAGAUCUCUGGUGUUCAGCAAAUUCAGUUCUCAUGAUUUGAAGAAAACUUUGUAUCUGGGAACACGAGACGGAAAAGCUGUGCAACUCUAACGAAGAGGCAGUUUUAAUGACUGGUGAAGAGAUUUAUCUCUUUGUAUAUUACAUAGCUGUAAUGUAGCUACCAGAAGCUUGACUAAUUGAGGUGUGAGUUCUGACUCAAAUCUUUUUCAUGAUGAUUUUAAAAAAAAUUGGAUUUUAAAGGUAUUAAAGUAUUUUUAUUUUGUACAAGAGUUUGUUGCUCUGUAUAACUCCUGUAUGCAUUGUAAAUUGCAAUUUAUUACUGUCAGAGAUUUGUAGACAGUUUCUUAUUUUCAUAUUGAAUCAUGUUACUUUUGUAAUUCAGGUAAACAGCUGGGUUAAUUCAUGUUUACCCUUUGAAUAAAAUUGUAAGGGUAAAGUUCAUUUUUGAAUGCAAGUUGCCUUUAUUAUAAAGAUUGAGUUGGUCUUGGUUAUGUAACUUGUCUUGCAUGACAACCUCAACUAACUUUACAUGUCAGCAUAUUUAUUGAAAUUUUGAAAGGGACUUUUUCCUCUUGAAACUAGCAGCUCAAAAGAAUUGCUACAACUGUUUUUUUUAAUGUAACUUCGGAAUUAAAAGUUAAUCAAAAACAACCAGUGCUCUGCUACAUUUAAAGACUUAGAGCUUAUCAACAGUGUUGAUGAAAACACGCACCAUGUGUGAUGCAGGUCUUCAUUUCUUUCUGGUUUUUUUUUUUUUUUUUUUUUUUUCCCCAAGAUGCAUUAACUCUCCUUAGACUUACUUUGAUAUAUUUAAGGUAGUCUUUGUGCUACUGAAAGAACUCUUCCUUUUUAUGUAUGGUUUUUAGAAUCCAAAACUUAGAAAUUCAAGGGUAGCAAGUGUGGGGGGGAUUUUAUAGUCCUUGUGGUAAAAGAUCUUAUUUUAACUUUUUACUGACAUGUUUUAGGGUUUCUUGUGAGAUUGUGCAAACUCAAAUGUGUUAGCGACUUUUUGUGUACAGGCUGCGCGCGCGCGUGUGUGUGUGUGUGUGUGUGACUGAAACUUAAACAAGUGAUACAAAUCUGAAAUGGAAGACAGACUUCUAGUCUGCUGUCUCUUUCCAGGUUUUGCAAUAGACUCUACAUAGGUAAUGUAGUUCUGUAUAUUUAGUGAGCUGUUCUUAGUAACAUUGCUGUUUCUUUAAUAAUCGGGUGGGUAAUUUUGUUAGAUGCAGUGUGUUAGCCUGUUAGGGUAGGGAUGGUGGUUUUAGUAAUAUAUCUUACUCAGACUGAAUUUUGGGACCUUGGAUAUUUUUACUGUUUGCAGUGGACUGAAAUGUAAUAUGAUAAUUACCUUAUCCCAGAAUCCUGAAAUAGCCAGUUCUUUGCUAAACAAAAAUUUUAUGUAUGUGCAGAUUCGAACAGUUUCUUACAAAUCAGCAUCGUGCUGGCAGAGCCUCUGGAGGCAAUCCAGUGUAUUCUGUGGCAAUCUGGACGGAUGUGCUGGGCUUUGUGGCAGUCUGUCAUUCUUCAGCAGCUAUGACUGAACAAAUGGAGUUUUUCAUUAAAUGUAAAAACGAAUAACACAAUCCCUACAUGAGCCCCUUCCGUUGGUAUUCUGUUUAUUUCAGGCUGUCAUACCCUGUUCGUGAUGUUCCCAGAUUUGCAAUGGAAAAGGCUGUGAUCUUGGCUAAGGAGAAGCUAGGAGAGAUUUGGCAGUUGGAUGUUAGAGAGGGGACUGAGGUCACCUGUCACAUUUGCUUGAAACCAGCUACAUUUUUCAGUUAUAGAAUCACAGACUGGUUUGGGUUGGAAGGGACCUUAAAAGCCCCCCCAGUCCCACGCCCUUGCCCCGGGCAGGGCCCCCUUCCCCCAGCCCAGGGGGCUCC